AUGGCGUCUCUGCGGAACAACCCGAUCUCCAUCAAUCUCUGCUCCAACUUCUCCCCAUCAACCCAACAAUCCAAAAGCCCUUUCACCGUUUCCUUCUCAUCCACUUUCCCCUCUCUCAAAAUCGCCACCCACAACCGCGGCCGCUCCUCCGGUGGAAGCGCAGCCGGCGCCAGGAUGUCGGCCACCGCCGCAAGCAGCUACGCCACCGCCAUCCUCGACGUGGCCAAGGGGAACAACUCGCUGGAGGCCACCUGCGCCGACAUGGAGAAGCUCGAGAAGAUGUUUUCGGAACCAGGGGUCCUGGGCUUCUUCUCCAACCCAAUAAUCGACCUGGAGAAGAAGCGGCAAGUAGUGGACGAGAUCGCCGAGUCGUCGGCUCUCCAGCCUUACAUGGCCAAUUUCCUCAACAUCCUAAUCGAGGCCAAGCGGGUGGAUUUGGUGGCCGACAUUGUUAGAGAGUUCGAGGCCCUGUACAAUCGGUUGACCGAGACGGAGCUGGCGGUGGUGAGCUCGGUGGUGAAGUUGGAGUCCCAGCACUUGGCCCAGAUUGCCAAGCAGGUUCAGAAGCUUACUGGAGCUAAGAAUGUUAGGAUCAAGACCUCGCUGGAGCCUAGUUUGGUUGCUGGGUUCACUGUUAGGUAUGGCCCUUCUGGGUCCAAAUUGAUUGACAUGAGCGUCAAGAAGCAGUUGGAGGAGAUCGCUGCCCAGCUCGAUGUUGGUGAUAUUCAGCUUGCUGUAUGA